AUGAACAUGCCAGACAUGCCCAUCAAUGUCCAGGUGGACCCGAAUGAAGACACAGAAUGGAACGACAUCCUUCGAAAGCAUGGCGUUAUUCCAGAGAAGCCUCCAUCGCCCACGCCCAUGAUCGAAGAAGCACUGGAACAAGCUCGACACCUAGCCCAAGAGAACAGACUAGAAGGUAAAGACCUCGACGAAUUAGACGAGCUCGAGGAUGAGGAAGACGAGGCCUUUCUCGACAGCUAUCGACAGAAGAGGCUAGGCGAACUGCAAACAAUCCAGACGAGCAGUGUCUACAACCAGGUCUACCAGAUUCAGAAACCUGAGUACAGUAAAGAAGUCACAGAAGAGAGUACCAAGACAACCGUCCUUGUCCUUCUCACCUCAAGCGCAGGCACGAACCAAGCAAGCGCAUUGAUGAUACCUAUAUGGAGAGAGCUGGCGAAGAAAUGGGGCGACAUCAAAUUCUGCCAGAUGCAAGGAGAUUUAUGUAUUGAGGGUUAUCCGGACAGGAAUACACCUACGAUCUUGAUCUACAAGGAGGGUGAGAUUCGCCGGCAGAUUGUCACGUUGCAGGAGCUGAAGGGAAUGGAUACGAGUUUGCAGGAUUUAGAGGAGUUGCUUGUCGGUGUUGGGGCUGUAAAGUUAGGCGAUGUAAGGUUGAGGAAGAAGGAUGAGGAGGAGGGUGAGGAGAGGAGGAAGGCGAUGUGGCAGGGUGAGAGGAACGGUGGUGCAAAAAAGGGCACGGAUGACGGAGAGGAUAGUGAUUGGGAGUGA